UUUCGCGGAACAAUGUCUUGAGAUUGUGAUUGCAGUUUUAGGUUUCACCAGCCGUGGUUUGUGCAUUUAAGACCAACGAGAUGGCAACAAGAGGGGUUAAAUAUCAGUUUUCAGUAGGAGAGCAUGUCCUAUGCUUUGAGCCAGAUCCAACGAAAGCCAGAGUUCUUUAUGAAGCGAAGGUGUUAGAUCUAUGCCCUGGUAAAGACAGAGCUGGUAGAAGAAAAGCUGAGUAUCAUAUCCAUUUUCAAGGAUGGAACAACAGCUGGGACCGCAUUGUUGGAGAAGACUUCAUCCUGAAGAGUAGUGAAGAAAAUAAAACACUCAUGAGAAGACUGGCUGAAACUGCUCGAAAGUAUGCCACAAAUUACAGCCGCAAAAACAGGGUAAGGAAGCAAAAGAUUAAUGCGAUUUUGAGACGAGCCUUUGUGAAGAAGCCAAAGUUUGACAGCGGCUCAGAGUCGUCAUCAUCUGGGUCAGAAUCUGGGUCAUCCUCAGGGGAGGAGUCAGAGGAUGGGGAGGUAACCGAGGAAGAGGAAUCAGAAAAUGGACGGGACGAAUAUCUACACAAUGGAGGGGAUGAAGAGAUGAGUGGUGUGGACAGUGACAAUGGAGACUGCUCUGAUGAUGGAGAGGUCUCUAUAAAGGGAAAAUACACUCAUGUUGAAAUACCUAUACCAAAGAUCCUGAAGGAGAAAUUGGAAGAAGACUAUUACAAUAUCAACAGAGCCGGAAAGGUUAUCCAGUUGCCUGCAGAACCAAACAUCAUCACCCUACUGGAAGGCUAUGUGAAGAAUUUUGUCAUGAACUUCCUGUUCAGCUCCACGGAGAAACUACGACCAGGAUUGCGAGAGUUCACCAAGCCGGAGCCAGAGAAAAGUGUACCAUUGUGUAAGGAAGUGAUGCAUGGCUUAAGGGUGUGUUUUGACUUCACGCUCCAGCUGUUACUUCUGUACAACGCCGAAAGAGAUCAACAUGACUCUGCUGUUACACAUUUCAAACCACCCAGUCCUGUGAAUGGGCCACCGCUUAUCAAGAAGGAAGUUGAAAGUCCCAGUCAUGAAGCACCGCCCUCCCCAACAGUUACCUGCCCGUCUCGACGAAGAGCUUCAACCCGUCUUCACAGUUCAUCAGGAGGCGAGCCAUCACCCAAAAUUCCCAAACUGUCCCCCAAAGUUCCCAAAGAUGAUGAGUCUGAAAGCGAUGAGCCCCCUGCUCGCCGCCUUACACGUAGGUCCAUGUCAGAGGUCAGCAAGAAAGGUUCGGAGGUCACAUGUUCACAAAGGUCACGGUAUGGCUCACAGACUACCAGGAGGCUGUCACGCUCCGACAGAGCGAGUGUGUGUUUGGAGCCGAAGGUGACAAGGUCAUCACGCCGACAUGGAAGCGUUACAUCACCUGGACCCUCAGACAAACACCCAGACGCCCCUGACACUGCCCCAGAGUCCUGUAACAACAACACCGCCACAACCACUAAUCACACCCACCAGGAGAGUGUCAGCCAGUCAGUGCUGUCAGGCCUUUCACAGCGCGUCACCCCUCCCCCACCCCUCCUUUUACCAAGUGCAAUAUCCAGCAAGGGUUCAUCUCCGCACCUCACCCCGACCUCUCAGACUCAGCACAACUCACAGACGGCCUCUGACAAGGAGAUGGCACUCAAUGAAGUACUGGCCUGGAAGAUGCUGACUCCAGAGCAGGAGAAGUCUCCCCUGCCCUGCCUCAUCUACGGAGCACAUCACCUGCUCAGACUCUUUGUGAAGUUGCCAGAAUUAGUGGGGAGGAUGAAGCUUGGAGAACACAAGCAGAAAGCUCUUCUCAAGCACUUUGAGUUAUUUCUCGAGUACCUGGCGACUAGACACGAGGAGUUGUUACCAGAGACAGUCUAUGUGAAUGUUGGGGAGGAGAGGACUGGAGGCAGCUGAUUACAGGUGUGCUCAGGUAGAUACUCCGGUGUGUGGGACCAAAGAUCGGCCAGGUGUGGCACCAGGACCAGAAACACAACAUAGUGGGAGCUUCAUGGCUGGGAAAUCUAUUGUUAAGAUGUUCAAGUCAGUCUUGUUUUCACCUUGUCACCCCUACUGAAUGGCCAGAUAAUUGGUGUGACCUGAAUUCUGUUUGAUGAAGCAUGCAGUUGUGACAUUAUCAGAUGUUCAUCUGUUUUAACCAGAUUCUAGAGCUAGUAAAUGAGAGAAACAGGCAACAAUAGGCAGCAGCUACGUGUUCUGAUGCAGUGGAAAAUGUCAGAGAUGUCUGGCUACAUGUGACCAAAAUUUCGACGAAUGCUGUAGUUCAGGGAUCUGUUUGGUUUCUUUCCUGAAUUGCUUGGAGGUAGAGAGAACUUAUUGAGGAUGUAAGUUUUUUAUUAUAUUAAUAAUUUAUUGCUAAUAUACUUUUGUAUGUUGUAAGUUCUGAAUAAGCGCCUUUGCAGCAAAUCGUUACAGCUCACUUCUUCACAAGCCCUCCAGAAUGACAAAUCCGCACAAAGGUUGACAACUUUAUUUUAUGUACAUGCCGAUAGACGUGUCACUUAAAAGAAAGGACAACAGAAAAUAUAAAUUAUUUUAGCCGUGGGAUCCAUACAGACCGAAGCGAGCAUAGGUAUUUGUUUGAUUACAUGAUUGGUAAUUCUAUAAACCACCUCCUCAUCUGGAAUUGUUAUGAGGCCAUGAGAUAUUUCAUUUUGGAGAAACCAGAAACAAGGUGUAGCCUUAUGUGUACCCUAUGCUCUUAAGCACUAGAGACGAGACACUGCUUUAUCAUGCGAAGUACUGUCCCCUUAACUAUUAGAAGCAAACGCCAAUCGUUGUGGUCUCCUGGUUGAGACCCUGGGGAAUAACCCCACACAUAUUCCACAACCACUUUGAAAAUGGCUUUUAAGGUAUAUCAGAAUUGUCUCGUAAUCAGAAGGAAAACAGCUGAUUUAACACAACUUCCACGUGUCAAAAUCGUGAACAAGUCAUGUUACAGUGAAACAGAUGCCUUCUUAGGUGGUAAAAAUAUCUCACCCUUGAUUGGUUUUAAAUGAGAACAUGGCCGCCCGUUUUUCCCUAUGUGAGAUCGUGAUAUUUCUGUUAUCCUACAUCACAACAAUGAAAAGGAAUGUUUUUUUUAACUUAAAAUGUAACUCUUUAUCAAUACAUAUCUAUACAUUUGAUUGUUUUAGUUAUAAAUGAUAAUGAUAUUUUUACAAACUGUAAUUAGUUGUUUCAAAUUUAGUUCAAGAAAUUUUUUAUAUACCUAUUGUAAUCAUUUAAAAGAAAAGGAUAUAAAUCUGACAUCAAUCUGGAGAGGUUGCAGGACUGUUGUUCUACCCCAAAAUUGUCUUCUCCAUACUUAGCACGUCUUUGUGGUGUUCUCCUCAUUCAGGCAUGUGAAAAUUUUCAGGCCAAUACUAUUGAAAUUAUAUCAGGGUGUGCUUUGUAUGAAUCAGAUAGAGGAGGGAGAUGGUAUCUAAUAUUUGCUGUAUUCUCCUUAGCAAACAUUGAAAAUUAAGCAAAUAAGAAACCAGUGUUUAGAAAAUGAUUCAAGCCCGUACUGCUUCAGGUGUUAUAAGAGAGUGCAAGAAUGCUGAUGUCAUAAUUUACUGCUGCAUAACUCAAGCAUAACUCACAUGAAGCGAGUUUCAACUAGUGAGUCAGAGCGAGUCUUUUGCAAACAUAUUGCGAGGUAUAUACUCGUGUGGUGCGAGAACUACACUUGCAGUUAGUCAUAGUCAGUAGCAGACGGUGGUUUUCUUCAGUGGUCACAAGUGUUUUUGGUAGGGCCAAAAAAUCUGUGAUCUGUAAAUGGCUUGUCGAAACUCGCUUCGUGCGAGACCCGCUUUAAUCAAACUGUAAAAUUUGUAUAAGAAAAUCACCACAAGAUAUCUUGAACAGUUCAAAUCUGUCAUACUUAAUAGGCAGUUGAUUAAGGUCAGUAAUUAUAUGUAAUCCAGUAUCGUUGCUGUCAGCCAUCUUGGAUUUCCUAGCUAUCACACAUACUCCUUCCAGCAUGCGUGUCCCUCUCAAGGCUCGCUUUACAUCUCUUCCACCACAAGAAAAGUUUUACGUUUGAAGCCUGUGUGAUGUCCUCACACAGAUUUAUUAAAUCAGCAUUUAUCAAUAAAGUUGUUACCGGUUUUUUGUGUAUACUUUAUGUGAAAAGAAUGCAAGUGUUUUAUGUAAUAAACAAUAGAACUAAGGCUUGAGAGACAGUUUUUGUGUUCUGACAUCACUUCCUGCCUUAUCACCAUGACUUGGUGACCUCAGCAUUUUUAAGAUUUUUGUGAAAAAUUUGCUAGUGGUGGCAGUAAUGUAAAGCAAAUGUUAGAGAGCGGCACAUGCGCUGUGAGGAGUAUGGCCAUUAUACCUGUCUCUUGGUUAGCAUAUACUGUACUAGUUGGCAUGAGACCUAUCAGCCCCUGGUCUCGCUCAGUUUACUUGUAUUAAAAUGUUUAAAUCCACAGUUAAUUGUGUUCAAUGAUAAAUUGUUGCUGACAUGUAAAUCCAUACAGGUACAACAAUCAUUUUAAUUUAUAUGGCCAGUCAUUUUCAUAUCUUGCUUUAUUGAGAUAUGUGUAAAUAUUGUAAAUAAUUAUUGCUGGUUAAAAUAUUAUGUGAAGAAGAAUGAUCUGAUCUCAUAACACACGCGAAAGCUUUCUGUAAUGUCCUUGGAUAAAUUGAUUGUUAGCUGGUCAUACCAUCAAAAUGGCGUCUUGUUUGAUAUA